AUUGCUUAAUGUCAAUCCUUGAGACCAUGUGUUCUUGUUUUUAAAUUUAUAGAAAAAAUAUACAUUAUUUUUAAGAAAAUGCCUUGUAAGCUUCAUCGAGUGAGAUAUUAUAAUCCAAAACCGGUACAAAUAAAUUGUGUCUCAUUUAAUAAAAGCAGUAAAAGAAUCGCAUUGGCUAGACAGGACGCGUCUAUAGAAAUAUGGGAUUUAAAUUUUGCACCUCUCCUUGUGCAAUGCAUUUCUGGCACGGAAGAUACUUCGGUGGAAGCUCUGGGUUGGGUGCACGACAGGCUUUUAUCAACAGGCCUUGGCGGUGCUCUUAUAGAAUGGGAUCUCGAAAGUCUGACGAUAAAAUUUUCAGUUAUGCUCACGGGUUACGCUGCGUGGUGUCUUGAUGUUAACUCGGCAAACACUGUGGUAGCUGUUGGAACAGAGCAAGGCUACAUCAACUUAUACUCUGUAGAAAAUAAUGAAAUUGUUUAUAAAAAACUCUUUGACAAACAGGAAGGCAGGAUUAUGUGUUGUAAAUUUGAUAAAACCGGCAACACUCUGGUUACAGGCUCGGUGGACACCAUAAGAGUUUGGAAUGUAGAGAUGGGAUAUGCAACUUGCAGGAUUUCUGUCAACAGAAGGGGGAAAGAGACUAUAGUGUGGUCGUUAGCCGUACUGUCUGAUAACACAGUUGUGUCCGGUGAUAGUCAUGGAAGACUUACAUUCUGGGAUGGCAAUCUUGGAGAUCAGAUUGAAUCCUACACAACCCACAAGGCUGACAUUCUAUCCAUUGUUGUGUCUGAUGAUGAGAGGAGUUUAUACUGCAGUGGAGUAGAUCCGGUCAUAACCAACUUUGUCAAAGUCAAUAACAGCGCGGGCAAACAGACAUGUGCUCGCUGGGUGAAAAAUGUUCAGAGGAAUAUUCACGAACACGAUGUAAGAGCCCUUGUUUUGAAUGGAGAAAAAUUAUUAUCAGUUGGAGCGGAUGGAUAUUUGACGCUGUCAAGUUACCCGCCAAAGUGGGUGAUGCGAAUCCCACCCAUGAUACCAGCACCGAGAUCGUGCGUCAGCGCUCGCAACAAGUUACUACUACUUAGAUACAGCAAUUAUCUUGAAAUAUGGAAGUUGGGCUCGUAUGCCAUCAACAAGAAUGGGAAUGUCACAGUGAAUAGUGUCAACGUGGAGCCGAGUGUCAACUCAGGCAGCAACCAGUUGGAGCAAGAUUCACAGUUCAUCAGUCAAGUAGGAAAACACACUCAGAAACAGAGCUUGAAGCUGAUAGAUCAGCCGACGCGCCUGGUCUGUAUACAGACUAAGGGAAAAAAACAGAUAAGAUGGUGUGAGAUGUCACCCAGUGGGGAAUUGGUUGUGUAUUCAACGGACAGCGAUUUGAGAAUGCUGAAGUUGGAUUGUGACGAUGAUCAAAGUAACGUAUCCCUCACCAAAGUAUUCAUAAACGGCAUAUCACACUGUGAUCGUGUUGCCUUCACCGCUGACUCGAGGACGUUGGUGGCAUACGGAGAUGGGACAGUGUUCAUACUGCAGGUGGACCCGGAAUCUGGUGCCACGGUGGUGCAGACCUUACCAUGCGACCAAUAUCUUAAGAUGAAGUCUAUUCUACACCUUGUUGUAUCGAAGGAUGUUUCCAGACAUAUAUAUGUGGUCGUAUCGGAUACUCAGGGGAACAUAGCUGUGUUUGUGAAGAACUAUCUCAAGUUUGAGUUCCACGCUUCAUUACCUAGAUACCAUUGUUUGCCAUCGGCUAUGUCAAUUGCUGGAAAGACUCUCAUCAUUGCUUAUGUGGAUCAGAAGAUAAUACAGUACGAUCUGUCUCGUAAAAAACUAAGCAAGACAAAUUUCUAUGACGUUCCAAGUUUGAGCAAGAGGACUUGGGCUAUAACUGGAGUGACGUCACAUCCCGUGAGACCGGCAACAAUCUUUUAUGACGAGACUUCAUUGUCGGUCAUGGAGAGAACCUUGGAGGUUGGAUUUCAGAAUGGAUCUUACGAACCAGCGUCAAAGAUGAAGAACAAAAACGAUAACAAGUACCACGGAUUAAAAAUUAUUCCCUUCAAGUAUUUGGUUGGAUUCCACUGGCUGGGUGACGACGAGGCUGUAUCGUUGGAAGUCUUACCCGAGAAUAUUAUAUCACAGCUACCGCCGGUGUUGGCUAUGAAAAGACAUUCAUGAUAAAUGUAUUAUAUAAAUAAAAUAAUAAAUAAAUAA